AUGGCCGCCGCCGCCGCACCCAAGCUCCUCGAGACGCCCGCCGAGCCCAAGCUCUCCGGCCUCGGGCUGUACAGCAGAUUCGCCUUCGCUGGCGCUGUCUGCUGCUCCAUCACUCACGGCUCUCUGACUCCUGUCGAUGUCGUCAAGACGAGAAUCCAGCUCGACCCUGUCACCUACAACACCGGCUUGAUUGGCGGUUUCAGAAAAGUGAUCCAGACUGAGGGUGCCGGUGCUCUUUUGACCGGUGUCGGCCCAACCUUUGCUGGUUAUUUCCUGCAAGGCGCAUUCAAGUUCGGAGGUUACGAGUUCUUCAAGCAACAGGCCAUCGACCUCCUCGGUUACGACACAGCGCGAAACAACCGAACGGCCGUCUACCUUGCCUCCUCUGCCGCUGCCGAGUUCUUCGCCGACAUUGCUCUCUGCCCCCUGGAGGCCACCCGUAUCCGAUUGGUGUCCGACCCUACCUUUGCCUCCGGUCUCAUCUCUGGUUUCAGCAAGAUCUUUAAGAAUGAGGGUUUCGGUGCCUUUUACAGCGGGUUCGGUCCCAUCUUGUUCAAGCAGGUUCCUUACACUAUGGCCAAGUUCGUCGUGUACGAGAAGGUGGCCGAGGCCAUCUAUGGCAACUUCGUCGACCAGAAGACCGCCUCCGACGGUACCAAGACCGCAGUCAACCUGGGCUCUGGUCUGAUCGCCGGUUUCGCUGCUGCCAUUGUUUCUCAACCCGCCGACACCAUGCUUUCCAAGAUCAACAAGACCAAGGGUCUGCCUGGUGAGAGCACCACUUCCCGUCUGGUCAAGAUCGCCAAGGAGCUGGGUUUCCGUGGCAGCUACGCUGGUAUCGGUGCUCGUCUGUUCAUGGUGGGUACUUUGACCGCCGGUCAAUUCGCCAUCUAUGGUGACAUCAAGAGAGUCCUGGGCGCAACCGGGGGUGUCGACAUUGGAAAAUAG